AUGAGCGAAAGCCCUGUCCUCCAAAAAGAUUCAGUUAAUGAAUUAAAUACAGUAAUCGAGGAAAUAGGAACUAUUAAGGGAUUUAUUCAAUGGGAAACCAAAUUUCACGAUUUAAUUGGCAAUGAAACCAAGCAAGAGCUUUUAAUGAUUUUAAAUAAUUUUGAAACCGAAUUUAGAGAAAAAUGUUUGAAAAAGCACGACGACAAAAAGCUAGAAUUCGUAGUAGAUACAAAAGUUUCAGAUAUCAUUAAUAGCGAAGCUUUAUUAAACUUAAUGUUCAAUGAUGACUCCGAAUGGAAUAAAUUUAAGAAGAUUUUCACAGCUAGACUCUUUAAAGACAGACUGAAAGUUUUAUGCGACAAAAUCAACAAAUUUUAUCCAGUUAAAGAAGAUGAUUUGGGAGCAUUUAUUGUUUUACUUGAAGAAUCAAUUAAUGAAUUAGAAACAGAUAAGUUAGUUUUCAACUUUCAUAUCCAGAUCAACAAAUUCAUCGGUCUCUUCGAAAAUGACGAGAAGAUUCGAACAGAAAUUGCCAAUAUCAUGUACAUUGCAUCAUUUAUCGAUUUUAUCAAUCAAUUCCAGCUUGGUGCUAUCGAAAGGAUCGAUUCAAUACUCUGCAAGUACAUAGAUCAGUAA